UUGUGUUUGUUCAGUGUUGGCUUAGUAAGCCUACCAGAAAAAAUAGGUGUUAGCCAAUGGUGAGAUGCGAAUAUAGGGGCAUUUAGUAGCACGGAAAUGUUGAUCCAUUAUCAAAAAUAAAUCUGUUUUCUUGAGUUAUUAAUUUAAUAAGAAAUAGGUCCAAGUUACAGGAGAACACCUCCGUCACUCAGCCGGCUUGUGUGCGUGGGUAUUGGUGCGUGCAUCAGCGCGCUGCAAGUUCCUUGCCUUCAAGGGAGAACUAACUUCCCCUGGAUGUCGAAAUUUCAUUUAUACUCGUAUCCUUGUGAUUGGUCGGGGAUAGUUUCCGCGUAGACACGGUCCGGAACGUACAACGCGUCAUCACUCAUUUACCGCGCUCUCUCUGUCGGCUUUAAUUCAUAUCGUCAUUGCAGAAGGUAAAGGUGUCUGCAGAAACCGUCCAACAUGGCAGGGUACAUUAGAUGUCUGGCCUCCGUCUCCAGAGCUGCGACCACGACUUCUCUGCGCAGCAGAAGUCCUGCUGUGCUGCUGGCGUCUACAGGGACCAGCAAUCAAAACCGGCGGCAGAACCGAAACUAUGCCACCAAGCGUAUCAUGGUGAACAGCCCUGUGGUGGAGAUGGACGGAGACGAAAUGACCCGCAUCAUCUGGGAGUUCAUCAAAGAGAAGCUCAUCCUAUCAAAUGUGGAGGUGGAGCUCAAGUACUUUGACCUGGGUCUGCCCUACCGCGACCAGACCGGGGACCAGGUGACCGUGGACUCUGCCCUGGCCACCAUGAAGUACAACGUGGCGAUCAAAUGUGCGACCAUCACCCCUGACGAGGCCAGGGUGGAGGAGUUCAAGCUGAAGAAGAUGUGGAAGAGCCCAAACGGAACCAUCCGGAACAUCCUGGGCGGCACGGUGUUCCGCGAGCCAAUCAUCUGCAAGAACAUCCCCCGUCUGGUUCCUGGUUGGACGCAACCAAUCACCAUUGGCAGACACGCGUUUGGUGAUCAGUACAAGGCCACGGACUUCGUCAUUGACAAGCCCGGCAAGUUCAAGAUGAUUUUCAGCCCAGCGGAUGGAGGGAAGGAGAAGGAGUGGGAGGUGUACGACUUCCCCUCUGGAGGCUGUGGAAUGGGAAUGUACAACACUGACGAGUCCAUCACUGGGUUCGCUCACAGCUGCUUCCAGUACGCCAUCCAGAAGAAGUGGCCCCUCUACAUGAGCACCAAGAACACCAUCCUGAAGGCCUACGACGGCCGCUUCAAAGACAUCUUCCAGGUGGUCUUCGAGAAUAACUACAAGACAGAGUUUGACGGGCUGAAGAUCUGGUACGAGCAUCGGCUCAUCGACGACAUGGUGGCCCAGAUGCUGAAGUCAUCCGGGGGCUUCGUCUGGGCCUGCAAGAACUACGACGGAGACGUGCAGUCGGACAUCUUGGCUCAGGGCUUCGGCUCUCUGGGUCUGAUGUCGUCGGUGCUGGUGUGUCCCGAUGGGAAGACCAUCGAGGCCGAGGCAGCUCACGGCACCGUGACCAGACACUACCGAGAACAUCAGCUGGGCAAACCAACGAGCACCAACCCCAUCGCCAGCAUAUUCGCCUGGACCCGAGGACUGGAGCACAGAGGCAAACUGGACGGAAACCAAGAUUUGAUCAAGUUCUGUCAGACUCUGGAGAGGGUCUGUGUGGAGACUGUGGAGAGAGGCGUGAUGACCAAGGACCUGGCCGGUUGCAUCCAUGGUUUGGCCAACUGCAAGUUGAACCAACACUACGUGACCACCUCAGACUUCCUGGACGCCAUCAGGACCCACCUGGACAAGGCUCUGGGGAAGUGAGGCACCGAAGAGCCCAACUCAGACAGACUACUCCUUUUGUAACUUUUUAAGGCCCUCGUUUGGGUUGGCCCUUUCUCGCCAAUUUUACAAAGGAAAACACUACGACAAGUGCCAUGUUAAGGUUGUUUCACACUACAGCUCAAGCUGAGAGCGCAUCCCUUUUCGACCCAUUUUAAUCAGUGAGCCCAAGCACACCUGUUUGGAGUGGAGGUGUACUGCAGAGUGGAGCGGGUAUUUUGAUCCGGACUGGAUCAGCUGAUCAAUGGAAAUGGUCUAGAUGGCAGGUCCACGUGGGUAUGCCGGCAGUGGGUAGACAAGUGCUACCGCUCUACGCUUGAGUUGUGGUGUGCAGCGGACUUUAGCACAUUGUCAUGUGAUAUCUGUGCCCCUCCUCCAAUUGCCCUACCUGCCAUACCCAAUUGCCUUUGUAUUACACUGCCCCUUUGCAUCUGUGUACAACGUAUUGCUACACAUUGGACUGCUUUUCCACAUCGACCAGUCUGAAAAAAUAAGUAUAAGGUCAUUUUUACGAUCCUAAUUUGUUAUAACGAUGACAGAUUGUGUUUUUAUAAUGGUACCGUCAAUCUUAGUGUCUGUAAUUUAAACUACCUGUAUUCUAUAUUCUACCAAUACAUUUUUUUCUUGAUAAGCCCAAUGAAAACAUUAAUGUGCAUAA